AUGCCUUCGGGAGACGAGAAAGAAUCUCAGGUGCAUGAGGACCACGCCCGCCUUGAUCCCCCAGAGCAGACGCAUACCACCAGCAAGCGCACGCUCAUCUGGACCGCCAUUAAUAUUUCCGCCACGGUUGCCAUUGUAUAUGUCAAUAAAUCCAUCUUCUCCGACCCCUCCCUGUCGCAAUGUCACUUCAGCUUCGUCGCCUACCACUUCACCAUCACCGGCGUCCUGCUAUUCAUAGCACGGCGUGUCGCGCAGGAUGAAGUCGCGCCGACGAAGCUCUCCCUCCUCUCGAUUCUCCCCCUCUCACUGCUCAUGUGCGCAAACAUCGUCCUGAUGAACCUGUCCCUGGCACACAGCUCCAUUCUGGGCUACCAAAUCGUGCGCGUGCUACUGACCCCCCUCACUGCAUUGAUCCAUUUCUUCUGCUACGGCGCGACGAUCCCCUCAACCGCUGUCUUUGCCCUCGUUCCCGCCUGCGCAGGCGCCGGUCUCGUGACAUAUUCAAGUCUCAGCAAGCAUCCCCAUGCACCUACAAACUCUUCCUCCUCCUCUUCCUCGCCCCUCGGCAUCAUCUACGCCCUAAGCGGGGUUUUCUGCUCCGCGCUCUACAUCCUCUGGGUGGCGCACUACUACGCGCGAUUCCACGUCUCCAGCGUCCAGCUGCUGUACAAGCAGAUGCCCUUCUGCGCGAGCUUGAUCGGCGUGGUGUCCUUGUUCACGGACACGUUUCCCGCCUGGGAUUCGGUCCGGUCUGCCCAGUGGGGCUUGCUUCUCCUCAGCGGUGGCUGCGCGUGUUUGGUGAAUCUCUCCACCUUCUAUGUGAUUGGCGGCACCGGGCCGGUGAGUAGCACCGUCGUGGGGCAGCUCAAGUCUUGUCUGGUUAUCGGGUUGGGGUGGGUUAGUAGUUCUGGGCCGGUGGGGUGGGAGAGUGUUUUGGGGGUGGGUCUGGCCUCGUUUGGGAUUGUUUUGUACGCUGUGAGUAUGUGUCGAGUAGCGCAGUGA